ACUGCUUCGUUGUUCUCCUCCGACCACACACCAUCUUCUGACGUCUCCACAGUUCAGACUAUAAGAACGAUUUAUUUGAAUUGUGGGGAUCCAUUUUCCAGAGAUGCCACGCCUCAGUCAGGCACAAAUUUCCGAAGCUAAAGAAUGCUACUCUAUUUAUGGAAGAAGAGACGGUAUCCCUAUAUCGGAACUUGGGAAUGCCUUGCGAUCCCUUGGCAUAAACCCAACCAACGCUGAAAUCAAGAAUAUUGUUGCUGAAAUUGGAUCACCACCAUCGGUCAAUUACGAGACGUUCCUGGCUGUACUGAACAAAGACUUCCCUCCUGCGGACUCUCCUGAUGAAAUCCGCGAGGCUUUUGGUGUUUUCGACAAGGAUGGCAACGGACACAUCUCGGCCACCGAACUGAAGCACGUGCUGAUGACUAUGGGCGAAAAGCUCUCACAAGAUGAAGUGGACAUCAUGAUACGGGAAGCAGACAUUGACGGUGAUGGACACAUACACUACGAACAAUUCGUGCGUAUGAUGACGCAAAAAUAAGACUAACACUUUUAUUAAUUCGUGCGUAUCCUGAUUCGAAAAUAUUAGAAAAAACAAUUCUUAUUCAAACAUUGUAGACUAAUUUUGGAGCAGAAUACUAAAUUACUGCAGCAGCAAUAAUAAUAGAAUUAAUAUAUUUAUGAUUUUGCUGAAGACCGUAUUUUCUUUUUAAGACACACACACACACACACACACACACACACACACACACACACACACACACACACACACACAAAUUUUAAGCCUCUCUGUAAUCCCCAUAUGUAUAUUUUCAGCAUGUAUGUAAUGCAGUUCCUAAUAAAUCGUACAUUGUUAUUAUUAUUACACACACACACACACACACACACACACACACACGAAGAUCGGUCUAUGAACUCUGAGCUCGCUCCGUAAUGGGGAAGACUGGCUGGGUGACCAGCAGACGACCGAGGUGAAUUACACACACACACACACACACACACACACACACACACACACACACACACACACUCUCUCUCUCUCUCUCUCUCUCUCUCUCAGAAUAGCUAAUUAGAAAACUUUACAUGAUUUUGUACCUCUUGAUUAAUAAAUGGACGAAUGAA